AUGCCACGGGCUGCCCCUUCCUCACUGCCUCCCUCCAGGGGGCCCUUGGGAACUGGGGGGCCCCCUGAGGGAUCCCCUAGACCCUUAGGCCCCCCUGAUGGGCUCUCGAGACCAUUGAAGCUGCCGGAGGGGCCCUCGAUACCUGUGGGGCCGCGUAUACCUUCGAGACCCCCUGAGGGGCCCCCUAGACAUGUGGGGCCCCCUGAGGGGCCCCCUAGACAUGUGGGGCCCCCUGAGGGGCCCUCUAUAUCUGUGAGGCUCCCUGAGGGGCCCCCUAUAUCUGUGGGGUCCCGUAGACGUAUGGGGCCCCCUGAAGAGCCCUCUAUACCUGUGGGGCCCCCCGAGGGGCCCUCUAUUCCUGUGGGGGUUUCUGAGGGGCCCCCUAUAUCUGUGGGGCCCCCUGAGAAGCCCCGCAAAGCUGGGGGGCCCCCUGGGGAGCAGCAAAGAGGUAGGGGGACCCCUGUGAUGGAUAGAAAGAAAGAUAGUUGUAGGAAUGCUACGUGUAUAUCUGCUGCUGAGGUUCGAUUGGCGUUAUCUAGCGAGAGGUUAAUGCAGACAGUGAAAGGAGAAAGAGACCUUGUUAACAAUAUUCUUUUGCCUUCUGAGGAGCUGCAUAGACACCCCAAUUGUGACAGCAGUGGUAUCAACGGACGAGAGAACGCUGCAGCGUCGGUUACAUACACCGCACCUACUGCUGCACUGCUGUCUUUGCCCCGCUUCCGCAGCAGCAGCAACAACAACAACAACAGCAGCGGCAGCAGCAGCAGCAGCAGCAGCAGCAGAAGGAACAGCAGCAGCAGCAGCAGCACCGCUGCAGCGGAGGGCCUCCAAAAGAAAGGGAGGUUCAAAAGCUCCCCGGAGGUUAUAGCUGAAGAAGCAGCAGCGGAAGCAGCAGCAGAAGCACCAGCAGAAGCAGCAGCAGAAGCACCAGCAGAAGCAGCAGCAGAAGCAGCAGCACCAAUCACAGCAGCUGCAACAGUUCCAGCAGCUCCUGCUGCAGCAACACCGCCAGCGGCUCCAGCAGCAGCAGCAGCAACAGCUGCAGCAGCAGCAACAGAAGCAGAAGGCCCGCCUGAGUCUCUCUCAAGCCUUUGCGCAACGGGAGUUUCACGACUCGCUGAGAAGUACUUCGAGCUACCGCACAAAGCAAGACAGGCGGAGAAUAAGUGGAAGAAGAAGGACCAAACGAUGCACGCUCGCUGUGUCUUGACCAGGAAGCUGCAGAAGGUCGCCAAAGAGGCGAAGGAAGAAGUGAGUUCAUGGGCUUCUCAUGCUGCUGCUUCUGAAAGACGUUCCCAGAGGGAUCGGCAGCUGCUGCAGCAGCUGCAGCAGCAGCAGCAGGAAAAGCAAAGAGAGACGCUUCACACUCUGCGUCUCUUGUCUCUUCAAUUAGGCCUAGCCAACAAAAAACUAGAGGCUGUUGAGCGCUUUGGGACUUCUCUGAUGAAGCUGUACCUCAAACUGUUGGCUUCCAGCGACAACAAAAUAUCCGACAAAAUGGAAUUAGGGUUUGUGCAUUUUCUUCACCAAGUCGAAGAACUGCAUGAGGACAUUAAACAUGCUGCAUCUCUUCACAGAUCUGCUGCUGCUGCUGCUGCUGCAGCAGCAGCAGCAGCAGGGGGACCCCCAGGGGCCCCCCCAUGGGUCAACCAAUGCCCUGCCGCUGCAGCAGCAGCAGCAGCUGCGCCGGCAGCAACAGCAGCACUAUUAGCAGCAGCAGCAGCAGCGCCAUCACCACCACAGGGAAGAGCAGCAACAAGUGGAGGAGAAACAACAACAGCAACAGCAACAGCAACAGCAACAACAACAGCAGCAGCAGCAGCACCAGGAAGAAGCAAUGCGUGUGCAGCACCAUUAAAGUUUGCUGCUGCUGAUGCUUCAUUCUCUGCUAACUGCUGCCUAAAGCCUUUUAAAUGCUGCGAGGGGGCGCCCCCCCAAGAGGGGGGUGGUGCAGCAGCAGCAGCAGCAGAGCCCCCUACAUUAGGAGACAGUCUUGCAACGGCAACAGCAGCUGAAGGAGCAACAGCAGAAGCAACAGCAGCAGCACAAGCAUCGACAGCAGAAGCAGCAGCAGCAAAAGCAGCAACAGCAGAAACAGCAGCAGCAGCAAGAGCAGCAGCAGCAAGAGCAGCAGCAGCAAGUGCAGCAGCAACAGCAGCAAAACCCGUUACAAGAGGGGCCCUUCCUUUCAAUAGGAGACACUCCUCAUGCUGUCUCCUUGUAGAACAGCGGCAGCCUGCAGCAAAUGAGCAGUUUGCUGCUAACUCAGAAGAUAAGAUAAAACAAAUUAAGCACCCUCAUCCAUUUGCUGCUGAUCUAAACAUGCACACAGACAGCCGAGGAAGAGACAUGCAGCAACUCAAACAGCUGCAACUGCAGCAGCAGCAAAAGAUCCUGCAGCAGCAACAGCAGCAGCAAACAAUCGUGCAGCAGCAGCAGCUGCUGCAGCUGCAGCAGCCACAGCUGCAGCAGCAAACAAUCGUGCAGCAGCUGCAGCUGCAGCAGCAACAGCUGCACCAGCAAAAGAUCGUGCAGCAGCAGCAGCUGCAGCAGCAACAGCUGCAGCAAAAACAGACGCAGCAGCGACCCCUGCAGCAGCAACAGCUGCAGCAGCAACAGCAGCAGCGGCAACAGCUGCAGCAGCAACAGCUGCAACAGCAACAGCUGCAACAGCAGCACAAGAUCGUGCAGCAGCAACAGCUCCAACAGCAACAGCUGCAACGGCUGCAACUGCUGCAGCAGCAGCAACAACAGCAGCAGCGGCAACAGCACCAGCCGCAACAACUGCAACAGCAACAGGUGCAACAGCUGCAGCAGCAGCAGCAGCAGCAAGAAGAGCAGCAGCACUGCUCGACAACGGGCGCAGACAGCGACUUGAGAAGCAUCAGCACCUGCAGCAGGGAGCAGACCCCAACAAACCAGAGGCAGAAGCAGCAGCAGCAGCAGCUGCUGCUGCUGCAGCAGCACCAACAGCGCGUACUGCAGCAGCAGCACCACCACCACCAGCAGCAACAGCAGGAGCUACUUUGUCAUCGUCAGCAGCAGCAGCUGCUGCUGCAGCAGCACCAACAGCAGCUACAUCAUCAUCAGCAGCAGCAGCAGCUGCAGCAGCAGCAGCUGCUGCUGCAGCUGUACCCUCCAGGAGAGCUGAAGGGCCCCGUGUCUCCUCAACUUCUGCUCCACUGA